AUGGCCACCAUUAUGUCGCACAAUCUGCCACUAAUUCCGCUUCCACUGAAAGCAGGUGCGGUGGCACUCGCAAAAGCCGGUCUCGUUCUACCAGGCGGUGGUGGUUUGCUUGGACUGGGCAAACCCCCACCGGAAGUGGGCCCAAACGGCGUGCCGGUAGAACCGGACGAUCCGGAUGCGGAAGUCGAUCGGAUGAGCUGUUGCAGUGACGAUAGCGAGCUGUCCGUCGGUCAGGAGGUGGCUGAUGAUCUGCGAGCUCCCGGACCAGAGCUAAGUGAUGACUCGUCGCGCUACUCCAAGGACACACCGUCCGAGCAGGACUUUGCGCCCCGAGGUCUUCAACCGGCGAUGUUACGCCCAAGUCCUACGCGGCUUCACGAAGAGUUUUUGCGCAAUUCGCAGCUUUACGCCGAAGAGUUGAUGCGCCAGCAGAUGCAAAUUGUUGCGGCAGCUCGCGGACUUACCAUGAGUCCUGCCAAGACGCUGGGAAUGUCCUCCGAGCGGAGUCCUACGCCAGGUGAACCACGGCUUGGAUUUAGAGGCGCGGGUUCAAACGCGCGACCGGAAGUGUACCGUGCGGAGGCAGCUUCCCCGGGCGACGGUACCGGAAGUAGCUUCCGGGGCAUCCAUUCGCACUUGAGCGCUAUCUCACAGAUCACGCAAAACCUCAACAGUGACCUCUCGAAGUUGACCUCUCCGACGGCGUUUCGGACGACGUCACGUGAAAGCUCGCAAUCACCGCCAUCGGACCGCUCCCACGCGCUUCAUGGACUGCAACAGUUGCAGCAACAACACCACCAGCAACAACAGCAACAACAGCAACAGCAACAACACCACCAGCUCGCUUUGGCCGCGUUGAACAACAACUUUGCGGUGGCGUUGAACGAUCAAAGUCUAAAGUUCAGCAUCGAUAACAUCCUGAAGGCGGAUUUUGGACGGCGUAUUUCGGAUCCGCUGCUUCUGAAACGAGCCCACCACCCAAAAAGUGGCCAUCCGUCGCACCACCACCACCCCCAUCACCAGUUUGGCCACGUCCCAACCUCCUCGUCAUCUUCGUCCGGUGGUCGUAAAUCGCACGCAAGCAAAAGCCCGUCGGCAAUCGAUCUCAGUGGUGGCGUUGGUGUGGAUCAACUGGCGCUGGCUGGGACCGGAACUGGACCGGGUAGUAUUGCGAGUGCUCUCUCGUCGGUGAAACAGUUCUGUACGGCGGUUAGCAGCACGACGAACAGCAGCAGCCGGGCUAGUUCCGGUUCCGUCAGUUCGGUUGGGUCCGUGGGCAGUGAGGAUGUUAGUCCGAUUUCGCCCCUUUCGUCCACUGGAUCGGUGAAGGGUACCGAUGGUGCGGGUGGUGGUACGACGACGACGACGACGACGGCGACAAGUGGUGGUGGUGGGACGGGAUCUGGAUCCGGGUCUGGGUCUGGGUCCGGUUCCGGUUCCGGUGGCUCGAGCACUUCCGGUGGACCGAUGGUUUGGCCGGCUUGGGUGUACUGCACGCGUUACAGCGAUCGUCCCAGUUCAGGUUAGUGUCCACGGACGCGCAAACCAAAGAAAAGCCCAGCGGAAAAGGGCACCAACGGUGGCGUUCAGCAGUCCUCAGCAUCGGCACUGGCCGACGAUAAACGGCCACGGACGGCGUUCAGUGGGCCGCAGCUGGCGCGGUUAAAGCAUGAGUUCGCCGAAAAUCGUUACCUCACCGAGCGGCGCCGGCAGCAGUUAAGUGCGGAGUUGGGCCUAAACGAGGCGCAGAUCAAAAUCUGGUUCCAGAACAAGCGCGCCAAAAUCAAAAAAUCGUCCGGCCAGAAAAACCCACUCGCCCUGCAGCUGAUGGCGCAAGGUUUGUACAACCACUCGACGGUGCCGUUGACUCGCGAGGAAGAAGAACUGCAGGAAAUGCAGGCUGCGGCAGCAGCAGCGGCUGAAUCACGCACCGGCUCGGCAGGAUCAGUUGCCUCAGCUACCCUGGCUAACGCGUAA